UGAGCCCAUCCAGAGCUUAUGGUGAUUUGUGUUUAACUAGAAUCCACUCCAGAUGAACUCUGUAGGGAGGACCUCGGCUUUGAGGUUACUGAUCUUCUUCACUAUUUUGGCACCUGGUGGGAAUGAGUCAAGAUGCUCAUGUAUGGAUUGGAAUCAAAUGACACAGAGGGGUUCAUUACCCAUGACAGAAGUUAGCACUACACUGCUUGUACAGAUGGGUGCAAACGCUGUGCUGUGCUGCCCUGCUCUUCCAAUGACAAAAGCACUUUAUGUAUCUUGGGUCAUAGCCCCCAGAGGGCAGCCUCCCUGCAGAAUAUCAUACAGAGUAGAUACAAAGGAGAUCAAUGAAACCAAUUGUAUGGGCAGGAGAAUCACCUGGGCCUCCACACCUGACCAGCGUCCUGACCUUCAGAUCGAUGCAGUGGCCCUCGGUCAUGAAGGGCUUUAUUCAUGUGAAAUAGCAACACUUCAGGGGAAUUUCCUAAGGAGACAUGACCUCCAUGUGCUAGUGCCUCCAGCAGUAACCCUGCUUCCAGGGGAAAACAGAACUGCAGUUUGUGAGGCAAUUGCAGGCAAGCCGGCUGCGCAGAUCUUUUGGAGUCCAGAUGGGAAUCACAUCACUAAGCAGGAAUCACACAGCAAUGGCACCGUGACUGUCAGGAGCACAUACCACUGGGAGCAGAACAAUGUGUCUGCUGUGUUCUGCUUUGUCUUCCAUCCGACUGGCAACCAGACUCUGUCCAUAGAACUGAAUCAAGUUACAGGUGUCACCAGCACACUGCGUUCCCUGCUGAUCAUUCUCUACGUGAAACUUUCCCUUCUGGGGAUUAUUCUGCUUAUUGUAGGAUCUGCUUUCUUCCAGAAGAGAAAUUAUUUCAGAAAAUGAAAAUCUAGAUUUCUGCAGCUCAUUAGUCUGAUGACACAGUACAAGAAGACAGCCAUUUGCCAUUACCUUUCUCACUGACAUCCAGCUUACCUGCUCCUGAUGUCUUCAUGGUUGUUAGAAGUUGUAUGUCAGCCUGUAGCCAUGCAGUAUGAAUCUACAGAUAAAAGCCUGGGUCUUACCACCAUACAUGCUAUGAAUGUCCAUCUACUAUCACCUUUCCCCAAUUCUCAAACCAAAGAAGAAGAAGGCUUAGCAAAUGGUGAGCAACCAUACUGGAUAGAUUUCUGUCACCCACAUCCUCCAGGUUAGCUUCUAUCAACUUCCUAUUCCUAGCACAUUUAAAAAAGAAAGAAAAGAGGGCAAGAAACAAGCCAAACUAAGGCCGAGCAUUUAUAAGUAAUAAGACUCCAUGUGACUUACUUGGGAGCUGGGUGGUUGGCUCAAAAAUGCAAAAAGCAAAAACAUAAAAUUAAAACCUACUAAAUACAAGGAAUAGUGCUAAUAUCAAAAUUAAUGCCCAGUUUAAUAGUAGGAAAUCAGUAUGUGUCAAGCAGUAAAUAAGUCAUAAUUGUCACUCAAAUACAUCUAGGGAAUGAGCUCUUUUUUUAUCUCCUUUUCCAUUACAGCAUAUUCAAGUUCAAGUCAGGACAUAAAGUGUUAAGAGAUCUAGUACUCUAAUUCUGCAACAGACCAGGACAUACAGGGGCAGAGAUUACAAGUGCCUUGGUUCAUUGUCUCUCUUCCCUGUUCUACUUAUGGAAGACACUUCUCUUCAUGACUGAAUCUUCACCCCACCUCUCUUGUCAUGUUUCUAGUAGAUCUCAAAGUUCUUUGCAUAAGCACUUUAUGGUCAGUCUUCAUUCACCCCAAGUAGUCAUUUCUGGCCAAUAAAAAGAUACAUGAAUGGCAGUUUUUCAGUUUUGAGUUUGGGUCUCAAAAGGUCCUGAGUGUUUCUACUUUUCAUUCUGUGGGAAUAUGGAUGACCUACCUGCUGGAGGAUGAGAAGAGAACACAGCUGACCCAUGCCAGUCAAGCCUUUCCUCUCUCUGUUGAAUCAGCUCAAGGAUCCAAGAGUGAGCUUUCCCUCAGACCCUUGAGCAAACUCAAUCAAAAUCAUCAGACAUGAUGAUCCGUACUAACCCUGACAAAUGAACAGUCAUUGCCAUAAAGUUCCUAUGUUUGCUUAUCAGGUAGCACAAUUGUAGCAUAAAGUAACUAACACAUUGCUCAGUAAUACAAGUCUAGUUAUAUAAAGAUAGACACAGCUAAUAGCUUCUUUCAGUUUCCUUUGGAUCUGAUCCUGACCUGGCAAAUGAUAUGUGUGACAUUUUCAGAACAGCCCUUUAUGGAAAGAAAAGGUUUUUAUUUUGCUUUCUAGCAUUAUCUGUGAAACUGCAGUACUGGUGUGAAAACUGGAGGUCCCAGAGUUACUUGAUCCAUGGAUUAUGCUGAGGAUGAAAGCUACUAAUUGAGGGAAAUAAACCAGAACAAUGGAAUAACUUGGGCCUGAUGACCAUAAAUUUGUCCCACCAUUCCUAGAGCUAUCUUAGUGUAAUAGAGAAUAAACCAUAUUUAUCAAAGUACUGUUAUUUGGAUUUUUACUUUGCA